AAAACUUUGCCAGACACGAAAACUGUGGGCGAGACUUGAUCCAUGCGGAAACUGUUUUGUGUAUAUGCUUGUGUGUGCUGUUCAAAAUCGUCGACGAAACCAAAUUUAACAAUGGAUUACGUAUAACAAGUUGAGUGUGUAAAUAUAAAGUUUUUAUCGGGUUAAGAGAGAAAGAGAGAGAGAGAGAGAGAGAGAGAGAGGAAAAAAUGACUUGAUAACUGUACUACAAACGUCUCAUUUUGGAAAUAGUUUACAUCCAAGUUUUGCAGUGUUUAGUUUUGCACACUGUUAUUGUUGUUGGAUUGAUUUUUGUUCUGUUUUUUUUUCUAAAGGAAUUUGAUUACAAAAAACGAAAUUUAUUUUUCUGAUAAAAAACAUUUGUUGCAAUAAUGUCAAACAAGUUGAAGAGCCAGGAGAAAGCCAAUCGGAUUGCAGAAAUCGAUGAUCAUAUUCGGCGCAGUUUUGAAAUCAUAAAGAGGCUUGGCAAAGGGGCAUACGGAAUUGUGUGGAAAGCGCUUGAUAAGCGAACGCAGAAAAUCGUUGCUGUCAAGAAAAUUUUCGAUGCAUUUCGAAAUGAAACAGAUGCUCAACGAACAUUUCGGGAAAUAAUGUUGCUGCGAGCGUUACGCAAUCAUCCGAACAUCAUACAACUGUACAGCAUACACAGGGCAACCAAUCACAUGGAUAUUUAUUUAUCGUUUGAAUUUAUGGAGAGUGAUUUGCAUAAUGUCAUUAAGCGUGGCUCAAUAUUGAAAGACAUACACAAACGUUACGUGAUGUUUCAGGUAUUGAAUGCAACAAAUUUCAUCCAUUCGGGAAAUAUAAUUCAUCGUGACCUAAAGCCGAGCAACAUUUUGGUGGAUAGUAAAUGCCGUUGUAAGCUGGCUGACUUUGGACUGGCGCGUUCGUUGUCACAAAAUCAUCCGACGGUUGACUCGAAUGGCAACGAAGAGACAUGUUUAACGGAUUACGUAGCCACGCGAUGGUAUCGUGCACCUGAAAUAUUGAUUGCCAACAAGCAAUAUACGAAAGGCAUCGAUAUGUGGAGUCUGGGCUGUAUUUUGGGUGAAAUGUGCAGAGGCAAACCGCUAUUUCCCGGCAGUUGCACAAUCAAUCAGAUUGAGUGCAUUUUGUCGGCACUGCCCUUGCCCACUGAAAGUGAUUUGAAAUCGGUCGGAAAUGGUUUCGGUUCAGCAUUAUUAAGUCAAUCAUCGAAAUCAAUAAAUUCCAAUCCAAACAUGGAGGAAUUACUGGCCGAUACGCCAGGCGACGCAAAAGACUUGGUCAGAUCGUUGCUUGUCAUGGAUCCAACAAAACGACUUACAGCCAAACAAGCCUUGUGCCAUAAAUAUGUGGAAAAGUUCCGAAAUAGUACGCCUGAACUGGAGCUAACAGCUGAUAUCGUGCCACCGUUUCGUGAUGACAUUCAACUAACCGUUUCCGAAUAUCGGUCAAAACUGUACGAAAUCAUGUCGAUCGCCGAAAAGAAGAGAAAUUCCACAUCGUCGCCAAGUGGUGUCAGCAAUUCAAAAUCAUCGCCGACGGACAGCUUGCGAAAAGUACCAUUAUCAUCAUCAUCAAAUAGCCGAACAAUUUUGCCGAAAACAAUAACAACCAACACGUCAGUUACGGAUAAAAAGGUGCCGACAAAUGCGAACUAUUCGACGCAGAAAUAUCCAAACGAUGCCAAACACCAUCCAUCAUAUUCAAGUGUAUUUCAUUCAAAGCCAAUCCCAAACACAAAACCUACCUCAAUCCAACAACAGUCGACGACGGUGCAGCCACGUCAAGUGAACGGCACCGGUUCAUAUGCUCGUUUGACCAAUAAAUUAAACUGCUGCAAAAGCUGUGUACGUGAACCGGACACUGAUGCACUGGUGAAAAGGUGUGCAAAUGAUGUGCUAAUACCGAAAUUAAAAAAUGACACCAAAUAUCCACCAUCACAGUACAUUGAUUCGAAUGCAAAUUGUUGCUACGAGUCCGAACAGGAGCCAAAGUACAAAAUGCCAAGCGAAGCGAGACGAUCCACUAUUCCCGGUGCCUAUCGACGUCCAUCAAACGAUGCAAAUGCUAUGCUACGGAAAUCAACGUUCAAACGUUCACUUGACGAGGAUUUACUGCAUGCCGGUGAUUUCCGACAAUCAUCCUUUGAUGCUAAGUCAACCACAAACACACGGCUUCUCAAGAAAUUAACGCCACCACAGCCGGAGUAUCAAAGUGAAUUCCAACGAAACGGAAACGGAGCCUAUUUGUCACAAUCAAUGGGCAAACACAUUGUUAACGCAUCAAAUGAAAACCGGCGAUUGAUUAAGCAAAAAUCGUUGGACGACUACACCGAUGCUACGGCACGACUACGGAAACUUGAAAUGAAAAUGCGCAAACAUAAAAUUGAUGUACUAAAAUAUGCCAACGACCAUGACGAACCGACCAUUUAUGCCACCGAUCCGAAGAAAUUGUUAGCAUAUCCGCCGUCAAAUCAUUUCCGAAACAAAUUAGAAUCAUUUGCACGUACCAAAGCCGAUUGUGUGUAUCCGAAAAUUGGUAUCGAUUCCGUGCUAUCGAGCAAAACGCCUGCAUUCCGUAAAAAUGGCUCGAAUGGCAACAGCUACGGCAUCAUUACAUCAUCUGAUCUGUACAAACUCAGAGGGACACCCGAACGUGUCACAUAACACCUUAUAGCCUCCACACACCUCUCUUUUCUAGCCUUUCUCUUACGAUCAAAUGCUUUUUUUGUCUAUAACUAGAAUGAAUGGAGCUGUAGAGCUAUUUUUCAUGCAAUAAAAACACGAAAUUGG